AUGAGGCUGUGGGUCAGAGUUGGAUUUUCCUGGGAGUCGGUUGAGGUGCAGGGCCCACAGUUCAUUGGAGGUGGUGGUGAAAUAGAUGGAGGUGAAGGUGGUAGUGGGAAUGAAGGUGGAGUUGGUGGUUGUGGUAGUGGUGGUGGUGGUGAUGGUAGUGUGGUGGUGGCAGUGGUGGUGGUUGUGGAGGUGGUGGUGGAUGUGGAGGUUUUGGAGGAGGUGGUGGUAGAGGUGGUGGCCGUGGCGGAGGAUGUGGUAGUGAAGGCGGUGAAUGUAGUGGUGGAGUUGGAUGUGGAAGUGGAGGUGCCAUUUUUUAAAAUGAAUGAUGCACCUUUGAAAAGCAACGCAUAA